GAUCAAACCCGGGACCUCCUGGUCGCUAGGCGGACACCGCAUACAUUACACAACGGCAAUAUUAUGCCUUUCAUAUCAGUUUGGACGACUAUUAGAAUGAAAUUUUUAAAUUUAUCAAUAUAGAAAACACAUAAGAUGCACGUUUUCUUCCUUUAAUUCGAUGAUACAUGUGCGAGAACAUUGGCGUCUCCUUUAUUCUAUACCUAUUCUAUCAACAGCAAAUAAUGGCUAUAUAUGUGGCACUUGUUUCAGGAAAAAACAAUUCAAAUGAAACGGGGCUUACAUGAAGAGCAAAUGAAGAAAUGUGAAAUUUUAAAAUCUCAAAUAUCCACAGACCAUUGUAGGCAACUUCUGCCGAUAGCAAAAUCAUUAGAAGACAUGGGAAAGAUCUGUGUGAAAAACGAGGAAACUUUUGUGAAGGAAUUGGACCUCCUACAACAAUCAUUAGAAGAUAUGAGAAAUAAAUGUGUGAAAAACGAAGACACUUUUGUGAAGGAAAUGGACCUCCUACAACAAGAGAUAGCACGCAGAGAAGAAGAAAUAAAACAACUAAAUUUGUCAUUACAGUCCGUCAAGUCUUGCAGUAACGAGGACAGAAACGAAUGGCAACGACAAAUUGAAACACAAGAAGAACACAUUAUCAUCCUGAAGAAGAAGAAACAAAUACUGCAAAACAGAGUGAACACAUUGAACGAAACUGUCGAGGAACUGAGACGAAAGUCUGCUUUGAACUUAGGCGUUAGAAGUGAACUCAGUAAGAAACCGAAACGUAUCUACGUAUAA